AUGCGAAGUCUGGUUACCACGGUUUUGCCUCUUCACUCGUUCUGGUGGUUUUACCCAAAUAUGGCAAACGGGCAGGAUCCGGGAACGGACGUCCGUCCCAAGAAGCAGUACGUCGCCGGUUUCCUGGAUCAAGCAACUUCCGCCAUCAAGUUGAAGCUCAAGCACAUGGCUGAAGCCAACAAGAGAGGGUUCACCAUCAACAAACUCACCACCCCCUUCAUCGGGCUACUCAUCAAGAUAUCCAACACCAAGAUAGUCGUGAAAGUUCCCCUAGACGAUAUCUGCACGCAGUGCUACAAGGAGAACCUAUUCGGAGACAAGACGAGAAGGAAAAAGAUAGAACAAGCGGCCGCGCCCUACCUGAAACCUUUGGUUCACUCAGACUUCUAUACGUCGCACCCAUAUAUCUACCCGUACAUAAUUCCUAUGUGCAAACUGAAUACGAAGAUAUUUUACGUUGAGACAGACUGGGUAGAUGCAGAGUUACAGCUAUUACUGGGUAUGCAGGUACGAAAGCCCGAAGGUUCACAAGAUCCUCGGCUGAAAAUCAGCGAUGUUUCGCGCUGGACUUGCAGUGCUGAGAGCCUUUCGCUGAUAGCAUGCUGCAACAUGGCGGCAACAAAAUGGCUGAAGUCGUUUGAAGAAAAGGAGGAAGGCGUUCUAAUGUCAGUGAUGACGCUUUCAGAUCUUGCUUGUGGACUGUUAUACGCUUUUCAUAUGUUGUACAAAAAAGGAGGAGAAGAAAUGCCGAAGCCGAAAGGAGAAGGAGACGUCAUUGUUGUCCUUCCCGUUCCAACCGUCUUUUUUCUCACCACCUCCAAAAACUACGCGGGGCUGUGUUACAUUGGCAAAGAGGUACUCCGCUUUGUGGAUGACCCGGAAGUGAUUACCACAAAGGCCAUGCGGAUGACCGAAUACGUGGAUGAGAAGGGGGAGAAAUUACAGCGUUUCCGGUUGUACCGUCCGAACGUGACGUCAGAGGAAGGCUCGGUUCCGGAAAAUGCCGAACAGUUGGCGAUGCUUUCCGACGCUUUGGAGAACAUCCGACGGGAAAAGGACAGAAAUAACUCGUCAACGAAGGAGGAGGAGGAGAAAGAAGAGGUUUGCGAGACUUCUACCAGCUCUGACGACACUGACGAGCUUUUGGAGGAGUUGAAAGAAACGAACCAAGAACUACAAGAACUCGAAGAAGAGAAAGAACAAUUUCGAAAGAAAGUACAGAAUGUGCUUGCCCAACACGAGAAGUACACAAAUGAAGCCACAGGACAACCUCUUACUUCGGAAGACAUCGAAAAACUUAACGCAUUGCUACACAGAGUUGACAAUCUUCCUGAGUCAGUUACGACAGACUCUGAAACCAGCGAAUCGUCGUCUGACGGGGAUAAGACUAGACCUUCUUCAGAAGAAUAUUACGACGCAAAUGAGGCCAUCAAUGGAUACAGGAACAACUCCUAUCAGUAUCUGAAGCAAGCACAUACAACCAGUGAUGAGACCUGUAACAAGUCCAUGACUGAUUUCGCGAGUGGACAAAACGUCACUCCGGUCCAAACCGGUUAUAACCGGUUUGAAGGCGCUACAGAAAGAGGAGGGGUCUCGAAACUUGUCCAGACAUUUGAGAACAUGGCUAAAACGAAGCAAGGGCACACCUAUGCAACCCGUCGUGGCUCGACUCCUUCUGUGGCUGUCGUAUCGCCCAUACCGAGAGAACUGAACGACUCCGAUGUAAGCAACCAGAGCGCCAACUUCAAGACCCUGGAUUCAAGCUUUGGCAGCGAGGAAGAUACGAAGGUGACUUCGUGGCUCAAGCGAUGUUGUUCCACGCCCAUGGCGGGAAGGGGCCGGGCGCGGGGCCGGGUUGAGAGAACAACACCCCCCGGUGUGGAGAGGAGCAGUCUUGGGUCCAGCAAAUCCGCUAGCGACGUUUCGGUACCACCUUUCGUCCGCUCUCCGCAAGACGACCAAAGCUUUUCAAACGGUUUUCUAGUAGACGGAAACGACGGUGAAAACACGUCUCAGUGUUCGACCAAUGAGCUUCAAAUAGUUGGUUCGACCAAUGAGCGUUCGGAUGGCGGAGCAACUGGUUGGGGGUCUUGGUUAGGAAAAAAAUGGCCCGGCAAGGUCAAGAAACAGGUGAUGUCGUUCUUCGGUCUCAAAAACGAAGAAACACCGAAAGUGUCAACGUCUGAUCUCACGGUCGCCAUAGUAGAGGAACUAGACCCCCACAACGCUUCGUUCGUACAAAGAACGCAGGCAUCGGUGUACACAUCUACAUGUACCGAGCCACCGCGAGCUGCAUCCGCCGUGGAUACCACGGAGUCGCCGGCGGCGUCAGGUGGACUUUCAGCCGGCAGUUUCAGUCGGGAGAUCCGGCACUGCCUGGACGGUACCGUUGACGUGGUGUACAGCGAAGACAAGCGGGACCAGUUGUUAGAUAGUGUGGGAGACAUACAGAAGCGUUACCGCAUCGAACCCGAUCAUCCUAACAUCCCCCAACCCACUAAUAAAGCAGAUAUAAGCCCCGAGAUCAGGCACUGUUUGGACGGCACCGUUGACGUGGUGUACAGUGAGGACAAGCGGCACCAUUUGCUGAACGGUACGGGCAACACGCACAGGCGGUACCGCAUCGACCCCAACCCCGACAAGCCCCCGCCUUCCAAUGCGGUAGAUAAAACGAGCCGUCCUCCGUCUACCGAACGUUCAGAUUCUCUCCGGCAGAAAAGUUGUAGCGCCGAAAAGAGAGAUCAACAAAAAGCUUACGAAUUCCCUCCAAUACGGAAGAUCGCCGACUUUCAAAAUGGCGGAAUCACCGACUUUCAAAAUGGCGGAAUCGUAUCCACCGAACCGCUAUCCAAGGCCAUCGCGGCGUCCCUAGCAACAAAAUGGCCGUCAGUAAAGGACGCACUUCUCGACGAUGACACUAAAACAGGUACCACAGGUGGAGUUGAUCUGUUUUUACAGCCUAAAACCGAGCAAAACAAAGACCAACGUCUGAGCCAAGACUUGACCAGGCGGGUCAAAUCUCAUUCAGGGGCAAAGAGAGAUGGUGGCGUUGCCAAAAAGAAGAAACCAAAAGAGACGUCGGCGCCCCGAAAAAUGAAACCAGUGAAGAAGGAAAAGAGGCCAACGAGGAUUCCGGUGUUUCUCUCGGCGAAGGAAGCGGGCGUGACCGAAGGGGCUACGAGGCUUGCGUCGGUGAUUGCCGAAGAGAAGCCGAUCAAGACGACGCUGUGUGCGAAGCUGUGCUUCCAGUGCGGCACCACAGGGGGCGCUGUGAAACUUCGGCGCUGCAAUGGCUGUGGCGUAGCCAUGUACUGUUCGCGGUAGGUGAUAAUAGACCGAUCUCAUAGCUCUGCCCAUGCACCUCGGUCAAAACGUAAAAAUGCAAAUAUUUGACGGACCUGCAGCCGCUCUC